AUGCCGCCCAAGUCUCUUUCUCGCUCUGCAACCAAGCGGAAAGUUGAAGAUCGUGACACAGACACGGACGACGCUGAAUCACAACCCACUUCAUCCAAACUCACCAAGAAACCCAAGAAAACCGGGACUCUAGACUCUCUCCCCCAUAACGGACAGCCCACAAACAAAACUCUGCCUGUAAACAUUGAGUUUGAGAAGCCUGACGAAGGCACGUUGAGGAUCGCUACGUGGAAUGUCUGUGGUCUCGCCGCCAGCAUGAGAAAGGGCUUCAAGUACUACGUUGAGGCUGAAGAUGCCGAUAUCCUGGUUCUGACCGAAACAAAAGUCAAUGAUAUUCCUGCGGAUCCUGCCUUGAAGUCGCGUUACCCUCAUCAGUAUUGGUCUAUAUCCGACAAAAAGACAUAUGCUGGAACUGCAAUACUGUCCAAGGUCAAACCUCUGCAUGUUGACUACAAACUACCCGGACACCCCAAUCCCAAGGGGCGCAUUCUAACUCUCGAAUUUGAAAAUGCGUACUUGAUUGGGACGUAUGUUGUGAACGCCGGCCAAGAGCUCAAGACCAUGGACGCGAAAAAGGAAUGGCAAACCCAUUUUGAGGCCUAUAUCCGCGAACUGGACAAAAAAAAGCCAGUUAUAUGGACUGGGGACUUGAACGUCGCACCAACGGAGAAAGAAGACGAUCCUGAAAGGCCUCAAUUUGUUGACGUGUGGCGGAAAUUGCAUCCCGAUCUUCAGCACUACACAUAUUGGAGCUACCGCUUCCAAAGCCGUGAAAAGGGCAAUGGCUGGCGGCUUGAUAUGUUUGUCUUGAGCACCAAACUCGUGGACAGAGUGAAGAAGUGUGAGAUUAGAGACGAGAUAUACGGGGCAUCUGAUCAUGUCCCUCUUAUCAUGGAUAUCGAGAACAUUCUGUGA